CCGUUGAUUGGAUGGCGUACCAAGGAGCACCCCCAGAGGGAAUGACGGGAAGAAUCAAGAUGACAAAAUGGUGGUCAGGAACGAAUUGCGCAGAUGUGACCUUUCCAAAGGACAAGUUUAAAGCUUUACCAGUUGUCCUUGUGACGUCUGAUCACCAACGAAGUGGAAAGGAUCACGACGCUGCGUUGAUCUGGGCAGAAGAUGUAUCCAAGGACUCGUUCAAGGCUUGUUUGCGUGAGCUUCAAAACUUUGAUGGCAUCCAUCAAGAUAUUUAUGUGACCUGGAUGGCGUUUGCUAAGUUGCAUAAGCCGCUCUUCACUGAAUAUGGCUCUGUAAACUUUCCAAACACAAAUGCACCAAGAGAUGAAGACAACAAUGCUUACUGCGAGACCUGGAUGGCGUUUGCUAAGUUGCAUAAGCCGCUCUUCACUGAAUAUGGCUCUGUAAACUUUCCAAACACAAAUGCACCAAGAGAUGAAGACAACAAUGCUUACUGCGAGUUUGUGCAUUUUACACGAAAUUACAAUGUGACACCAUCCGUCCAAAUAUCAGCAAAUCACAGCACAACAGCAAGCGGAAACUUGGCACCAGUUCAUAACGGCAUUUCUACGUGGAUUGAGAAUAUCAAUGCCUCCGGAUUCAGAGUCUGUGUCAAGGAGCUGUACGUGACCAGAUAUGAUCCCGUGUCAGUAAGUUAUGCGGUCCUAACAGACAUCUGUCCUCCCGGAUGGAGCUACUUCAAUGGUUUCUGUUACUACACAAGUGAUACCUGUACAAAUUGGACCACAGCUGUAAAAGAAUGCAGACAAGAAAACUCAGUUCUUGCAGAUGUAAACAACAAUGAAGAAAAUGUUUACAUACAACAUCGCCAUAAUGGCGAUAAAUCCUGGCUGGGUUUCAAUGACAGAUCAACAGAGGGCGACUUUACUUGGGUGGAUCGUGGACAUGCAAACUUUACAGCGUGGGCGAAGAACCAGCCAAAUAACCUCAGAGAAGAAGAUUGUGCGCACGCACUUGGUGUGAAACACGACUAUGAAUGGAACGACGUGCAGUGUAGUGAUUGUUAUCGGUUUACUUGUAAGAAGGACUUAGAUGAAUGUGAAAAUGAGCUAAAUUACUGUCACAAGCAGGCCACGUGUACAAAUGAACGUGGCUCGUACAAGUGCAAGUGUAACGCUGGAUACCUUGGAGAUGGAUUUCAGUGCAGCUCUUUAUUCAGUGCAGGGUUGAAUCAUUCUACAAUACUGGCAAAUGAUAACAAUUACCUUAGAACACUCAGCAAUUGGUUGAAGCCCGUUGUGCAGAGCCAGUCCUCCUACUGGAAGCGCUGUUGGCGAGCAUCAAUUGAUGGUUGGGCCAGCACUACCUUCCACUCGUUGUGUGAUGGCCAAGGGCCGACGGUGACCAUUGUCCGUGUGAGAAAAUACAUCUUUGGUGGAUACACAAACUUAUCAUGGACUUCUAGUUGUGAAUACCAGGACUCUCCGAGCACCUUUUUGUUCUCAUUGGUUAACAAGCCAGGCUGGGGACCAGUGAAACUGACCCAUCAAGGCCGGUAUGGUCAGUACAGAGAUUCCGUUCUCGGUUGUUCUCACUCUGGACCUACAUUUGGAGGAGCACACGAUCUUUUCAUUGCCAGCUACGCCUCAUCCAACACAUAUUCUUACUCAGAUCUUGGAUUCACCUACAGUCCACCAUCUGGCCACAGCUAUGGCACCUCCUUCGCCCAAUCGUUCCUGGCAGGAAGUUACAAAUUUCGACCUGAUGAUAUUGAAGUGUUUUACGAAACUACGUAA